AUGAAAGCAGCUGGCUUCGUGAAUAUAACGAAGAAGGAUUAUCUGAUCCCGGCUUCACCUUGGUCCAAGGAUCCGAAGUUGAAAGAACUUGGCCUUUUUUUCCGUACGACCUGGUUGUCAGACAUUGAAGGGGUGUGCCAGUUUAUGUUCGGCAAUGUAAUGGGCUGGGAAAAGCAGGAUAUUUCCACUUACAUUGCUCAUUUGAAGACCGAGCUAAAGAAUCCGGACAUCCACGCGUAUAUGGUCUUCCGCGUGGUAUACGCGCAGAAGCCGCUGGAUGCUUGA